AUGGGUGGUAAAAACGAAACUUGGACACCAAGCUACGACAACUGCGAUAAAGUCUCGGAUCGUUGCCCUGUCGAAUACACCAUCUACCAAGACUAUCUCUCCGAACCAGCUUCAGGAUUCUUCGCGAUCGCUUUUGCACUCCUCUUCCUCGCACAAAUAUUCCAGGGGUUUCGGGCUAAAACAUGGUCGUACAUGAUAUGGCUGGGCAUCGGGACAAUCUUUGAAGUGGCGGGCCAUGUUGGACGUUUCGGCCUGGGAAGAAAUCCAUGGCAACAGAAUGUCUUUAUCGUGCAGUACCUGACCCUCUUGUUGGCUCCUACUCUGGUUGCUGCUGCUAUCUCAGUGACGUUCAAACAUCUCGUUGUUUGGUACGGGGCAAAGUGGUCUCUUCUCAAGCCCAGGCUAUAUCCUCUCGUCUUUGUCGGUACAGACUUUAUCUCGAUUUUCAUCCAAAUUAUUGGGGGUGGCCUCACAGCUAUGCAAAGUAUGGGCAAAGGAUCUAAGACGACACAGAAACUUGGAGAGGCUCUUGUUAUUGGCGGAGUUGCCUUUCAAGUUGCCAACAUGUUGUGCUGCGGUGGUCUGAUGCUUCUUUACGCUCGACGUCGAAAGCAGGCAAUGAAACAUCGAGACCCCUUGAUGGGAAACGCGACUGAUUUGUACGCAACCGGCAUGCCAACUCGUGGGAGAGUUCCUGUUGCUCGAGAGGAGGCUACGUUAAAGGAGGCAAAAAGAGUCAAGUGGUUUGUCUAUGCCCUGGGUAUUGCUUAUGCCUGUAUCAUCAUUCGAUGCGCCUACCGUAUCGCCGAAACUGUGCCAGAUAUUGGGGUAGAUGUUCUCCGAAACGAAACACUAUUCAUCGUGUUCGACGCGACAAUGAUGUUGAUAUCCAUCGGCGCUGUGACUAUCCUCCAUCCCUGUUUCUUCUUCCCUUAUUUAGGCCUGAGAAAGAAACAGAAGAAUCAAAGCAAGGUCUAUGAGGGUUAUAGAAUGGAGAGCAGUUCAGCUUUAGUUGGACAGCAGCAGCACCCGCAGCAGCAGCAAGGUCGUGUUCUGCUUACCCAUGUGACUCGGAUUGUUAAACCACCGCCGGAGAUCACAGCCGAUGUAUCAUUUGAUACCUCACUCGAACUCGUUACUCCCAAUGGAAAUGUGUCUGAUGACACAGUCCAAUCACAAAACCUGGAUCAACGCUUCGAGUCUCGAGCAACAGAUGCCGAGUUCUCACUGCCUCCUGUAGAUGGGGGAAGAAAAGCAUAUCUAUUCUUAGCAGCUUGUUGGGUUGUUGAAGCAGUGACUUUUGGUUUUGGGUUCUCAUUUGGCGUCUUUCAAGAGUACUACAGUCACCAUGAGCCUUUCGCGGGCUCCAACAGCAUCGCUGCUAUUGGAACCACGACUACUGGCAUGUUGUAUCUCGGAGCGCCAUUCGUGGUCAUUAUAUGCCGCUUCUAUCCUCGCCAAGCUCGCUGGUUUACAUAUGCAGGCCUGUUCGUGGCAUCCCUAGCCAUGGUCAUGAGUUCCUUUUGCACAACUGUUCCUCAACUCAUAGCAACACAAGGGGUCCUUUUUGGAAUCGGAGGCUGCUUCGCUUACUGUCCUUGCACUCUCUAUAUCGACGAGUGGUUCGUUCGCCGAAAGGGUUUUGCUUAUGGAAUUGUCUGGAGCGCUGCUGGAGCUGGAGGUGCUAUGCUUCCUCUGGUUCUUGAAACUCUCCUCAAGAACUAUGGCUUCCAGACCACUGCCAGAAUAUGUGCGGGCAUCUUAUUUGGAGCUGCAGCUCCGAUUGCAUAUUUCAUCAAGCCUAGACUACCACUUUCGGCGACUAUCCACAGAAAGCCUUUGAAUAUGAGGUUCGUCACCUCCAAGGUGUUUCUUCUAUAUCAACUUGUCAAUGUCGUGGAAGCAACAGGCUACUUCCUCCCUACGAUCUACCUGCCCACUUAUGCUCGGACAACCUUUGGCACCUCAACUAUCCUCUCGGCUCUGACGGUUAUUCUUGUCAAUAUUGCUACGACAAUCGGUCUGAUGGUUAUGGGAUCCCUCAGCGAUAAGCUUGCAGUUACGACAUGUAUGCUUAUAUCGGCGGUAGGCGUGGGUAUCUCAGUCCUACUCGUCUGGGGACUCACAGCAUCUCUCCCUGUCCUGUACGUUUUCUGCGUCAUGUACGGUCUCUUCGCGGGAUCUUGGGCCUCCAUCUGGCCAGGAAUUAUGAGAGAAGUGACACAGAAAUUUCAGGAUGAAAAUGAGCACGUCGACCCUGUCAUGGUGCAUGGACAUCUCUGCGUGGGUAGGGGAGUUGGAAAUAUCAUCUCCGGACCAUUGAGCGGUUCUCUUAUUCGAGGUCAACCAUGGCAGGGAAAGGUCAUUGGGGGUUAUGGAAGUGGAUAUGGCAUUCUAAUUUUGUACACUGGCCUCACGGGCUUGGCGAGCGGCAUGAGCUUUGUGUGGCGAUAUUUGAAUGUUUUGUAA